CUUUAGGGUUUUGCCUUUACAACAGUGAGCCGAGAAGAAGCUGUAGCUUUGGAAACCCUUCUUCUCAAAAAUGGCUCCUAAACGAGUUGGAAAAGCACCAGUAGCCGCAGCCAAGAAGAAAUCGGAGAAGGUGGUGAACCCGUUGUUCGAGAAGCGAACGAAGCAGUUUGGAAUCGGAGGUGCAUUGCCGCCCAAGAGGGAUUUGACCCGGUUCGUCAGGUGGCCCAAACAGGUUGAUAUUCAGAGGAAGAAGAGAGUUCUUAAACUCAGGCUUAAGGUCCCGCCUGCCUUGAACCAGUUCACCAAGACUCUUGACAAGAACCUCGCAUCAAAUCUAUUCAAGAUGCUUCUAAAGUACCGGCCCGAAGACAAAGCAGCAAAGAAGGAAAGGCUCUUGAAAAAGGCUCAGGCAGAGGCUGAAGGAAAACCUGUUGAAGCUAAAAAGCCUAUUGUCGUGAAAUAUGGGCUCAACCAUGUCACAUACCUUAUUGAGCAGAACAAGGCUCAGUUGGUGGUUAUUGCUCAUGAUGUAGACCCAAUAGAGUUGGUUGUCUGGCUACCAGCUUUGUGCAGGAAGAUGGAGAUCCCAUACUGUAUUGUUAAGGGAAAAGCACGCUUGGGAGCGAUUGUUCACAAGAAGACUGCAUCAGUUUUGUGCUUGACCACAGUCAAGAAUGAAGAUAAACUGGACUUCAGCAGAAUCUUAGAGGCUAUUAAGGCCAAUUUCAAUGACAAGUAUGACGAGAACAGGAAGAAGUGGGGUGGUGGGAUUAUGGGUUCCAAAUCUCAAGCCAAGACCAAGGCUAAAGAAAAGGUCCUUGCUAAGGAAGCUGCCCAGAGAAUGAAUUAAAAGCCAGUAUUGUGCAAUUUAUUUCUAGGAUACAUGAUUAUUUGAGGCUGUAGCCUCGAGAUUUUUGUUUAUUCUAAGGUUCUGAGUUUUUCUUUUCUUAAUUGAUUUGAGAGGUAAUGCAGGGUGUUUGAUUGGAAAUUUACCUUCUUGUUAUAGUUAGGUCUAUACUUAAUGCAAUUCCCAAUUUUUUGUUUGGUAA